CUCCCCUGUAGAGACUCUCUGGCUGUGCUGUAAACAUGUCGGCGAGAGACUUCGGGUGAAGCUGUGUGUCAGAAAUAGACAGAAAUAAGAACUGCGAACUGCAGAAAUAAGCCUGCGUCUCCCAGCCAUCCAGAGGAGCUCCAGUUACUAAUCCUACAUGUCUCUUAUUGCUGUAGAGGAGUUUCAGGGACCCUUAGACAGUUAGAAAUGGAGGUUGAAAGCUUUGUUACAAAGACCCUUGAGCUCCUGCAAGAGGAGAGGGAGGCAGAAAUAGAAGAAACAAGAGCAUGGCAGAAGAGCCUGUCUCUGAAGACCCUACAGCAGAAAGGAGUUUGCUUGCUGAAGCUUCAGAUUGGAAGUCAGAGGACUGGUAUGCAUGGAAGACUUCUUGUUUCCUUUGAGCCCCGAAAAAGUGCAAACCCCUCAGUUCUGCCCAGCAACAGUUUUGGACCUGGUGAUAUCGUGGGUCUUUAUGCAUCAGAAGGUUGUAGUCAACCAAAUCAGCUCUGCUCAGGUGUGGUGACACGUGUGACGCAGACAUCAAUAACUGUUGCUAUUGAUGACACUCAUGAUGGGGUUAACUUGGAUAGUGAUGGACUGUUUAAUAUCAUGAAGCUUGCAAAUGAUGUAACUUACAAACGACUAACAAGAGCUUUAAAUUCUUUGAAUGGAUACAGAGGUGGUCCUGCUGCCAACCUAAUUAGUGUACUUUUUGGUUACUCUGAGCCUGGGACACUGUCACAACAGAGUGCCUUGGUGUGGAUUAAUAAUGGAUUAGAUAAUUCUCAGAAAGAGGCUGUGUCGUUUGCACUGUCUCAGAAAGAUGUAGCCAUCAUACAUGGGCCACCAGGAACUGGAAAAACUACAACUGUGGUUGAAGUUAUCUUACAAGCUGUAAAACAAGACCAGAAGGUUCUGUGCUGCGCCCCUUCUAACGUCGCAGUGGAUAAUUUGGUGGAGCGUCUAGCGAAGAGCAAGGCUAAAGUCCUGCGACUGGGACAUCCUGCUCGUCUACUGGAGUCAGUCCAGAAACAUUCAUUAGAUGCAGUGGUUGCACAGAGUGACAGCAGCAACAUUAUCGCAGAUGUUCGUAAAGACAUGGAUAAAGCCUUUAGUCAGAUAAAGAAAGUGCGUGACAAAGGUCAGAGGAGCAGUCUGAGGAGAGAAAUAGGAGAUCUGCGAAAGGAACUGAAGUCUAGAGAAGAGGUGGCCAUUAAACAGAUCCUGAAAAAAGCCAGCGUCGUUCUGGCAACCAACACCGGAGCCAGCGAUGAUGGUCCUCUGAAAUAUUUGCCCAGCGAACAUUUUGACCUGGUGGUGAUAGAUGAAUGUGCUCAGGCACUGGAGAGCAGCUGCUGGAUUGCACUGCUAAAAGCACGCAAGUGUAUCUUGGCUGGGGAUUAUAAACAGCUGCCACCUACGAUCAAAUCCCAGACAGCUGCUGCUAAAGGUCUUUCUGUGAGUUUAAUGGAACGGCUGAUUCAGAAGUAUGGAGACUCAGUGGUUCGAAUGCUGACCACUCAGUAUCGUAUGAACAUUGCCAUCAUGCAGUGGGCUUCAGAGCAGAUGUACCAAGGGAGGCUGACAGCGCAUCCCUCAGUGGAGAAACAUUUACUGAAAGACUUGGCAGGUGUAGCCCAUGUUGAGGAGACCAGUAUGCCUCUGCUUCUCAUUGACACUGCUGGCUGUGGUCUGAAUGAACUGGAGGACACAGAUGAACAGUCUAAAGGCAAUCAAGGGGAAGUUGAUAUAGUAUCCGUUCAUGUGAAAGCUUUAACUGAGGCUGGAGUGCAUGCCAAAGACAUUGCAGUUAUUGCUCCUUAUAACCUACAGGUUGAUCUUCUGAGGCAGAAGCUUUCAAAUGAGCAUCCUGAGCUGGAGAUCAAGUCUGUAGAUGGCUUUCAAGGAAGAGAGAAGGAGGCUGUGCUGCUGUCUCUGGUUAGAUCAAACAGAAAAGGUGAGGUUGGGUUUCUUGCCGAGGACAGGAGGAUUAAUGUAGCAGUAACGCGAGCCAGGCGUCAGCUCAUGGUGGUGUGUGAUUCUCAAACAGUCCGAAACCAUGACUUCCUCAAAUCCCUGGUAGAUUACAUGACUGAGCACGGAGAGGUACGAACUGCCUUUGAGUACCUGGAGGACGUGGUUCCUGAAAACUACAGCCGCAGUCAAGAGAAUCAGCAAUCAGCUAAUGUCAAAGACACUUCAACCAAACUGAAGGCAAAAGCCCAGCAAGGCAAGAAAGGAGACCCUAAGCAGAAGAAAGACUUUGAGAACAAAAAGAAGGGAGAUGUUCAGGGCAAAGCACCGUCUGAGAAUCAACAAAGCAAGAACACAUCGUCCACAUGUCCAAAAUCCAACACACAUGAUGAUUCAGAAGAGUCUCAGAUUAUUAAAGAACAAAUAAGGCAGCAGUUGCAUGUUUUUCUGAGUGAAAAGAACCAGACCGAGCUCCAGUUUCCUUCCUCUCUGAGCUCACAUGAACGUUUGCUGGUUCAUCAGCUCUCAGAGGAGCUGGGAUUAAAGCAUGUGAGCCAAGGAACAGGGAAACAGCGCCGUAUUACAGUUUCCAAGAUAGUACCAGAAGGUGCAUCUAAAGAACCAGCAGAGGAACCAUCUAAGGAACUAACAACACCAGGGAAGUCUACAGUAGAAGAGAUCCAAGCUCCAGAGGAACUGCUGGAAAAGGAGCCCAACAAGCAACCACAGAAGCCUGCUCUUGAUUUUAAAAGCCUGCAUUUGGAGCGCAUGCAGCGGGAGCAAGAAAAACGGGAGGAAAAGAAAAGGCUUGAUAUGGGUCCACAGGGCCAGUCUAAAGGCCAGUCCACAAAGAAAAGCAAAGGAGCAGACAAAGGAAAGGGGAAAAUGAAGGCAGGGGCCGUGGAUAUAGCUGCAGCUGCUGCACCUGAUGGUGAUUUUGAUGCACUUAUAGAUGCUGUGGUGAAAGCAGACAGAGUGUGUGGCUUUGUGAAGUGUAAAGCCAGCGUUCUCACGCUGGGACAGCUGUGUCUCUACUGUAACAGACAGUACUGUCUGAGUCACCAUAUACCUGAGGUCCAUGGAUGUGGGGACAAAGCGAAGGCCCAGGCACGUAUGAGAAUAAGCAAAGAGGGAAUACUGUAUGCUGGCAGUGGACACAAGGACAAGUCUAUGGAUCCAAAUAAGAAAGCCUACCUGCACCGAAAACUCGAUUCAAAACUCAAAGACAUGGCAUCCCAGAGAAAAACCAAAUCAAAGGAUAAAGAGCAGUAAAUGUUAAGCUCUGUUGUAUGAAGUAGUAUUUAUGAUUGAACCCAAUAAACUGGUGGUGUGAUGACUGAUUACA